UGGGAGCGGCAGGCGCAGGGGGCGGAGCCCGCGGGGGCAGCGGUGUCCUUGGCGGUGCGGCCCCGGUUGUGUGUUUACUCUCGGCGGUCGGCGCGGUGGCUGCAGUUUGCGAGUCAGUCCGGCGCCUGCUCCCGUCAUGUUGUCCCGUGCGGCGUGCAGCACGAGCAGGAGGCUGCUGCCAGCCUUGGGGUCCCUGGGCUCCAGGCAGAAGCAUAGCCUGCCCGACUUGUCCUACGACUACGGCGCCCUGGAGCCUCACAUCAACGCGCAGAUCAUGCAGCUGCAUCACAGCAAGCACCACGCGGCCUACGUGAACAACCUGAACACCGCCGAGGAGAAGUACCAGGAGGCGCUGGCCAAGGGUGAUGUAACAACUCAGAUAGCUCUUCAGCCUGCGCUGAAGUUCAAUGGUGGAGGCCAUAUCAAUCAUAGCAUUUUCUGGACAAACCUGAGCCCUAACGGUGGUGGAGAACCCAAAGGGGAAUUGCUGGAAGCCAUCAAACGUGACUUUGGAUCCUUUGAGAAAUUUAAGGAGAAAUUGACCACUCUAUCUGUUGGUGUCCAAGGCUCAGGUUGGGGUUGGCUUGGUUUUGAUAAGGAAUUGGGAUGCUUACGGAUUGUUGCUUGUCCUAACCAGGAUCCCCUGCAAGGAACAACAGGUCUUAUCCCACUGCUGGGGAUUGAUGUGUGGGAGCAUGCUUAUUACCUUCAGUAUAAAAAUGUCAGACCUGAUUAUCUAAAAGCUAUUUGGAAUGUAAUCAACUGGGAAAAUGUAACUGCAAGAUACACUGCUUGCAAGAAGUAAAGCAUUACCAUUACAUUGAGUACACGAGGCUUUUUACACCUAUUUUUGUAGUAGUGCAGAGUACCGCAGUGUGCCAGUAAGCUGCUGUAUUGUAGCAUUUCUUAAUAUAGCUUAUUCAAAUAUUUGAUGAGCAUAUUUUAAUUAGAUGAGUGAUUUCCUGUUUUAAAAUUUUGUUGUUGAGCAACUGUUUGAAAAUAUUAAGUGCUUCUUAUGAUUUAGUCUUUCAAUUGAACAUUUUCUUCAGAGAGCUAAAAUAGCUAGGAGGUUAUAAUUGUCAUAAAACCAUCAAAAAUUUCCCAUCCAUACACUGUUAGGGCCUCUGGGGAAACCUUAUAGUCCUAUUUGAUUGCAGUUGUGGAAAACCUAGCCUUUCACUCCAGUUGUUUAAUGAUAAAGUAUUACAUAUAUUUCCCAAGGGAAAUGCUCAGUUUUUCUAUUGAAAAUUGCUCUUUUGUAAGUAAGCCUCUGUCUUUAUUACCCCUGGUAGGUAUUAGCAGCCAUCUUUAACUAUCUACAGUCACAUGUUACACAGGGUUAGCACUUGCCAUUUGGUCUCUAAAAAAACGUGUAACUUGAUUGCUAAUCGAGAAUUGCUUUGUUAUUAGAAGGAAACUGCAUCUGAAUUUUUUGGAGGGAGAAAUAUAAAAACUUUCAUGCGAGAUUUUGUCCUCAUGGAAAUAUGUGUUGUAUACAUGCCCAAAACAAAUUAGGGCCUUGUUGAUAAAAUCAAUGCUAGGGAUGGGGCCACAGGUCCUUCUGGCCGGGUGCCCACCCCAUUUCUGGUCCUGCUCCUGAGAGCAGCCCCCUGGGGAGGGCCCGGCUGGGCCAGGUACUGCAUCCCAUGUACUGAGGUGGGGUGGCGUCUAGAUGUGCUCGGCAGUGUGCUUCCUGGAACAUUUGUUUUCAAAGACUUACUUUUGAGUUGUUCUAUCCUUUUUGAUAUUUUUCCUUUCUUUUAAAAACAUGUGCAGUCACUAUAGAAGCUUUAUAUUGUUUAGUUUUCUCAGUAAAAGGAAAACAAUGUCCACAACACAGUGACAUAGUAUGUCAUUAUGUUACUGGUUAGUUUGUGCAGGUGGACCAGAGAUCCCUUCUGCCAUUUGGUUUAACGUUGUCAUGAGUUGCAUGGGGUUUCAUCAUCUUCCUCAUUCAUUUUAAUGGCUGUUGUAGUAGUUAUCAAUUGGGCAUGUCCUAAUUUAUUUUGCAGUUCUGUUAUGGAGUAUUUCAUUUGUUUCUGAUUGUUAUUUAUUACAAAUAAUGCUAUAGUGAGCAAUCACAGAGGUUUUACCUCCGAUUCGAAUAUUUUCUUUAUAUUGGUUUUUUCUUAAACAUGUUUAGUAAUAGGAUGUUUUCCUAAAUUUAUUUUUUUAUUUUUUCCCCAACUUUCCUUUCCUUUUUUUUUUUCGUGGAAAAACAAAGUAACUUAGCAGUUUCAAUAUUGAAGACUGAAAUUUUAAAAAAAAUUUAUACUCACACUUUUCUAUCAGAAUUCAGUUAGAAAAAUAUUUAGGCUUUUUGAUUGUCAGCAGUGUUGAUGGGACUAGUGAUAAGUCUGUGUGUGUGAACUGAAGAUACUUCAUAGACUGACUGCCAUCCUUUAUAUGCCACAGUAGAAUGACUUUCAUGCAGUGCAAAUGGUAGUCAUGUGAUUAUUGCUAACCUAUAUAUAUAUUUACAUCUACAUAUACACAUACAUAAGCAAGACAGUGAACUGUUUAAACAUACCAUCUAGAAACAUACCUUUUGAAAAGUGGGCUUUUGAAUAGAAGUUUGCUAGAUCAUGCCUUGUAUUGAACUAACAAAGAAGGAUGGAGAGAUGAACGAAUUAUGUAAAGCUUUUUGACUCUUACUAAGCUUUAAAUUUUCAAAAAAAUUCAAUGUUGAAAUUUCUUUGGGGCUUUAUUUUUGCUUUUGACUUUGAGGGAAUGGGGAAGGCACACUAUCCUUCACAAAGGUUUUAGUUUUUCUUCCCUAUUGGAUAGAUUUUAAGAAACUAAAGAUAAUUUAUAGAUAAUGAUUUUCAUCAUCCAGAAUGAGACUUGAAAUUUUGUUUAGCCCUGUUUUUCAUAAUAGAAAAAGAAUAGGAAAGGCAAAUCAACAGUUUUCUUCUGAAAAGAACAAGUAUUACACAUCUGUGAAGGAUUUCUGGGACGAAUCAGCAGCCUGCCCUAGUCAUGGAUGGCUCUGAACACCUUCGAGUUACUGGUGCUGAAGGGGAAAAGGACACAGAACAAAUAGAGUCUGGAGUCGUAUCUACUGCUUGAACUAUUGUGUAAUAAUUAAACUCUGAUGUUGAGAAAUCACAACUUUAUUGCACAUCUCAUGUUCAUGACCUUGAAAUAAGGCUUGAAUUUCUGUUGAAUACCUUUAAAAAGUAACAUAAAAAUCAUACAUUUAAGUUGUGAGUCAUAUGUAAAACUAGUUCUAAAUUUAAAUUCUAUUUCCUGCUUUAAUUUUGGGGAACUACUGUUUGGAAAAGCUAAGGGCAAUGUUUGAUAAAUUACCAUUUCUCAUUUUCAGCCAGUCUCUAAUGAUUUGGGCAAGCUAAUGUCCUAUUUUCUAAGGUAUGCUUCAAAAUCUGUAAGGGCCUGGGGUAGUUGUCAUUUAAUCAUUCAUUAGGGAAACAUUUAUUUUCCUAUUGUAAGUGCAAAGUUUUUUGAUUAUUAAUAAAAGAAUCUGUCAACCAGCA